AGUCACUUUUCCAUUGCUGCUAAAAUUAGGCCAAAUAUAUAUUCACAAUAAAUGGUCCAGCAUGCGUGAACUUGAGGACGAUAAAAGCCUACAACCCUCUUCUUCAAUUCCCCAUUAAUUCGUCUCUCUCAAUUAUCUCUUUUGCUUUCUCUUAAUUUCUUUCUCUCCCAUGGAAACCAUCCCAAAACCUAGCAAAGAAACCAAGGAAGACUCCAUUGAUGAUAUCGAGAAUGAACUCCUAUUGCCUGGCCUACCCAACCACCUUGCCCAGAUCUGCCUUUCUUUUCUUUCUCCUGCCCUUCUUUUCUCCGUUUGCCACGCAUGGCGGCGACUCCUUUACUCUCACUCUUUCCCUCCCUUCUUUUCCCUUUACGUCCUCGUCUCUCCACCACCAAAUAGAAAAGUCGACCAAGUUGAUGCAAUCAAUUCGAUUCAGUUUUUGUCACUAGACCCCUUUUCUUCAAAAUGGCAAUCACUCCCUAGUCCUCCAAAAGACCCCCCACUUCAUCUCCUCCAUCGACAUCCUUCUUUCUUGUCAAGAAACCUUUCAAUCCAAUCUCUAACAGUCUCAAAUCAUCUUGUACUUAUGGCUGGCACCACUUGCCGUUUUGUCCCUGCACUUUCUAUGCCAUUACUCUUCCACCCAGAAUCCAACUACUGGUUCUUUGGUCCUCCAUUUACCAUCCCACGCCGCUGGUGCGCCACCGGCUCUGUUGGUGGCACAAUUUACUUAGCAAGCGGGGUUGCGUCGCACUACAGUGGAGAUGUGGCUAGGUCAAUGGAAAGAUGGGACACCAAACAAAGAAAGAAAAUUGGAGAUGGGAAAAUGGCACCACUAAAAGAUGGUAGAUUCAGUAGGGAAGCGAUAGAGGCAGUAGGCUGUAAAGGGAAGCUUUACAUGGUUAACGUUAAAGGUAAUGCAGUAAAAGAUGGUUGCGUUUAUAAUGUUGACGCAAACUUGUGGGAGAAUAUGCCCAAGGGAAUGCUUGCGGGAUGGAAUGGACCGGCAGUGCCGAUGGAUGAAGAGGUGAUAUAUGUAGUGGAUGAGGUGAAGGGAGCUUUGAGUGAAUAUGAUAGUGAAAGGGAUUGUUGGAAGAAGGUGAUUGAGUUGCCUGAGCUUAAAAUGGCAGAGCAGAUAGCUGCUGGGAGAGGAAGAGUUUGCGUGGUUUGUGGCAAUGGAGAAAAAAUUGUGGUGGUGGAUGUGAUGGCUACACCAGCAAGAGUUUGGGUGGUUGAGCCGCCACCUGGACAGCAAGUAGUUUCUGUUCAUAUAUUGCCAAGAAUGAGCAAGCGUGCGUGACUAGCCUUAAACAACUCAUGUAUGUGAUUAGCCGCUGUGUUUUGCGUAUGUUAUAAAUUUGUCUCUUUUUUCAAUUGAAAGCUUUUAAAUAAAAUGAGACUUUGGUUCGAAA